AUGGGUUCUACAACUGUAAGUUUUAUAUUUUUAACGUUGACAUAUACAUGUAUAACACACCCCAUCGCAGCCGACGAAUUUGCAAGGAAACUCGAGAAAUACAUAGAGAACUUGGUGAAUUGUAAAAACCUGACAGGCUUGGCAGUAACCGUGGUGAAAUGGAAUGAAACCAUUUACCAGGGUGGAUUUGGUUACCAGACUCUGGAAGAGAAACAGCCUGUAACGGAAAAAACGCUUUUUAACGUCGGUGGCAACACCAAAGCCUUCACGUCGACGUUGGCAGCUGACGCCGUUGGCCGCGGCAAACUGCAGUGGGACGAGCCUCUUCAGACGGUUCUGGGGAAGGACUUCCAGCUGCAGGAUGAGUUCCGGACAUCAGAGGCCACCAUCAGAGAUCUGCUGGCGCAUAAACUCGGAAUGCCGUCCUAUUGGGGUGUCACGACUGCUGUAAUGAACCUCACCAGAGAAGAAAUUGUCAAACGAUUUCGGUAUUUCCCAGUGAAGUAUGGUUUUCGAGAACGGUUUCACUACUCCAACUAUCCGUUUGUGUUGGCCGCGGCCACCAUCGAGAAGGCGACGGGAGAGCGGUGGGAGGAGGCGAUGUACAACAGAAUAUACAAACCUCUGGGAAUGACGGGAGCUCGGAUUGCCGCCACUAUGACGGACGAUGAUUGGUCGAAAACAGCCUGGUCCUAUACGUGGAUUAACAACACGUACGUGAAGAACCCUGAGAAAACUAAUAUUAGAACAAUAGUCGAAAUCGACCCAGCUGCGGGCGUAUUCAUCAAUGCCGAAGAUAUGGCCAAGUGGAUAAAAUUCCAUCUAAAUGGAGGAAACGACGAGAAGGGGACACAACUCGUUGACAGUGCCGCUCUUCAAGAAACUUACAAACCAAUGAUGCCAAGUCUGAGUGGCCGGAGACUAUACAAACCCAAAUAUCCCGUGGACAACUUCAACCCCACUUACGCCAUGGGAUGGAGGAAUGGGCUAUACAGAGGAAGACCAACCAUGUUCCACGCCGGUUCUUACAGCAGUUACGCGUCCCGGGUCACUUUCUUCCCCAGUGAUGGAAUCGGGGUUUGGUCCGCCGUCAGCACGGACAGUUCCCUCUUCAGUCAGUUUGACGUCAACAGAUUCGUCAGCUGGUUCGCCACCGAUCUGCUCCUGGGUAAGACACCCUGGCUCAAUAAAACGACCUCUUGUGACCCCUUGUUGAUCUGUUACUCCCACGCCAACAUCACAGCCUGAAGACUCAACUCCCACGCCAACAUCACAGCCUGGAGACUCAACACCCCUGUCAACAUCACAGCCCGGUACCACGUCACAACCGAACUCGACCGAGUACCUCGGGGACUACUUCCACCCGGGCUUCGGUAAGCUGACCGUGUUCCUAGACGAGAACGAGAACCUGAAAUUCAAAUUCGGGUUGCUUCUCCACGGCCUGCUCCUGUCGACCUCAACCCCGGACACGUUUUACCAGCAACUCGAUUUCCCGCUCGUGUUUCGUUUUCGAGCUCCCGGGUCCGAUUUUGUCUUCAUCCGCAACAAGCAAGGCGUCGUAGUGGGGACGAGGGUGUCUUAUUUGGAAUAUAGUCUUCCGCCAGAGUUUUAUAAAAGUGGAUUUGGUCCAGAGGUAGACAAGGGUGCGCCAACAACCCCUGGGUGUAAGGACUCCCCUUCAUCUAAUUCAGCUCCUGCGAAUAUCAACAGCAUGGCCAUACAGGCGAUUUCUGUGCUUUCGGUCCUUCGUCUUAUCUUACAAGGCUGUGCCUAGCAGUUCUUCUUCCGCAAGAGAUUAGUUAGUGUUUAACAACUAAUGUAAAUCCAAAUUAAUAUUUUCAUAUAAACAGGGUGUAUCUAAAGAUGACUGUGUAGUAUAGAUAUCAAUACUCUGUAAACAAACCACAAAACCAUUAACAUAUUCAACAUCGUAUUUUUGCACAAGGCAUUCCAAACGACGUUGUUUUUUUGUACAGUGACUACAAUCUUUAGGAUUGCUAUUUUUCAGGAUAUAUAUCUAUUUUAGGAUUGUUACUUCCCAGGAUAUAUAACCAUCUUUAGGAUUGCCACUUCCCAGGAUAUAUAUCCAUGUUUAGGAUUGCCACUUCCCAGGAUAUAUAUCCAUCUUUAGGGUUGCCACUUCCCAGGAUAUAUCAUGGGUGGACCAGUUUCGGUGAGCAUAAGCAUUCGAUACUAAAUCAUAUCAAUAUUUAUACACAGACAGUUGUUAUUCAAAUAGCUACCUUUUUAUUAGUAUUUCUACGCUUCAAAUAAGCACUAAACUGGCCUCUAUGUAGCAAAGAUCACUGCACGUACGUCAAAAACUGUAGCAUGCAUCCGUAGUAAAUAUUGUUAACUACGUCACCUGUUUUGUUAAGUCAAACGUUUAGUGGUAUAACUUACAGCCAAAACUUUCUAACACAAAACUUCUCAGUGUUUUAUCAAAACAUGAAUGUUGUUCAACAAAACAUGUACUUAUAAUAAUUUAUAAAAAAUAUUUAAAAUAUUUUAAGACAAAUUACAAAAUGGAGUCCUCGAGAACCAAUGUUAACAGACAACAUUUUAGGAACACGAAUAUAACAAUUCUGAUGUCUUGCAGUUGUGUUAAAAGUUGAACAAAUGAAUAGUUAUAAUGGUAAAAUUGUUUGAUUAAAAAAUAUAAUCUGCAUUCUGAGUUUUAAUAAAUAUACAAAAAGAUAUCCAGAAAUAUAUUUAUGUUAAAACAUACAAAGGACAUACUUUGUGGUUAAGUAUCUGUAAAGAUAGUUUUGCCAGCAGACGCCGUGACAAUCAUGUGACUUCUAUAACAAAAUAGCAGUACAGCUGAGAACAGACAAAAAUAGUGUUUAAAAAUAAGAUUUCUUUCAAAUAACAGUCUUCGAAAAUCAUAGGAAAAAGGUAUUAAGAAAUGUGCCGUGUUUUUUCUUAGAUGCUUUCUUUGCUCGUUUUAACCUUAUUUUUACGAACAUUUCUGUGAAUGUGUCAGACAUGUUUACUUUCCCCAUGCAAUAGUCAACGACGUCAGACAUUUUCAAAUGUACGUAUUGUUGAGCACAAACGACGAAACCACCGAAACAGGGCCCUCACCGAAACAGGGCCACGGACGAUAUAUCCAUCUUUAGGACUGCCACUUUCCAGGAUAUAUAACUAUCUUUAGGAUUGCCACUUCCCAGGAUAUAUAAUAAAAUCCAUCUUUUUGAAAUGAUAUUCAUGCAUGUACUUACCUUUGUUGGACACUAACAGCUGAUGUGUAUUUUUGUGGCAUUUCAAAACCUUGCUUUAUCAUAAGUGUGUGCCAUGGUUCAACUUUUGAUGAUGAUGUAAAUGAUUUUAAUGUUAAUAAUGAUCAUGUUCAUUGUGUUGAUUGCAGUACAUUUAAUUCCUGUUUUAUGUUAUUAAUGAUGAAGAAGUAAAUACGUGCUAUAAAAUCAUUUAAGCUACGUAAACGUGUAUGCGUUGAUGGUGUGUCGUCAGAGUUAAAUAAAACAUUCCUUCCUUU